UCGCGGAGAGUAACAGUAAAUCAGACAGAGCAGCUCGUUCAGCUCCAGCGGUGAAACUGUAGCCCUGUCGCAAGUAUUUUUGGCUUCUGAUAGGACCGAGUGAGAUCACUGCGGUCUCUCUGCUCGGUUGAGAGUUUUUUUUUCGGCUGGAGCAACGCCGGGACCGCUUUUCUGAUCUAUCUUAAUUUUUGUUUUUUAAAUAUACAUAAAUAUCACUGGAAAUGUCCGAAAACAAGCCGAAUGAUGAGCCGACGUUAUCUACGACGGACAGGGUCGUUAAAUCUGUCCCCUUCCCCCCCAGCCACCGGUUGACGGCUAAAGAGGUGUUUGACAGUGACGGGAAGCCCAAAGUGGAUGUGCUGAAAGCUCACCUCACCAAGGAGGGCCGUGUGGAGGAAUCUGUGGCCCUCAGGCUCAUAGGAGAAGGAGCCGCUAUCCUGCGUUCAGAAAAGAAUCUGCUGGACAUCGAGGCCCCCGUGACAGUGUGCGGAGACAUCCACGGGCAGUUCUUCGACCUGAUGAAGCUGUUUGAAGUGGGAGGAUCCCCGGCGUCCACGCGCUACCUUUUCUUGGGAGACUAUGUUGACAGAGGGUAUUUCAGUAUUGAAUGUGUGCUUUACCUGUGGGCCUUAAAGAUCCUUUACCCCAAAACACUGUUUUUGCUGCGUGGGAAUCAUGAAUGUCGACAUUUAACAGAGUAUUUCACAUUUAAGCAGGAAUGUAAAAUUAAGUAUUCAGAGAGGGUGUAUGACGCAUGUAUGGACGCCUUCGACUGCCUUCCUCUGGCUGCACUAAUGAACCAGCAGUUCCUGUGCGUACAUGGGGGACUCUCUCCAGAAAUUACAAAUCUCGACGACAUCAGGAAACUAGACAGAUUCAAAGAGCCUCCAGCCUACGGACCGAUGUGCGACCUGCUGUGGUCCGACCCGCUGGAGGACUUUGGAAACGAGAAGAGCCAGGAGCACUUCACACACAACACAGUGCGAGGCUGUUCCUAUUUCUAUAGCUACCCUGCAGUCUGUGACUUUCUACAACACAAUAACUUAUUAUCAAUCAUCCGGGCCCAUGAAGCACAGGAUGCUGGGUAUCGCAUGUACCGAAAGAGUCAGACUACCGGCUUCCCGUCCCUGAUCACCAUCUUUUCAGCACCUAACUACCUAGAUGUCUACAAUAAUAAAGCGGCAGUUCUGAAGUACGAGAACAACGUGAUGAACAUCCGGCAGUUCAACUGCUCACCUCACCCUUACUGGCUGCCCAAUUUCAUGGACGUCUUCACCUGGUCCCUGCCCUUUGUGGGGGAGAAAGUCACUGAGAUGCUGGUGAACGUGUUGAGCAUCUGUUCCAACGAUGAGCUGACGACUGACGAGGAGCUGGAUGGACAGCUAAUAUAUGCCCCCAAAAAAGGUGCCACAGCUUCCGCUCGCAAGGAGGUCAUUCGCAACAAGAUCCGUGCCAUUGGAAAGAUGGCCAGAGUAUUCUCUGUGCUCAGAGAGGAGAGUGAGAGUGUGCUGACGCUGAAGGGACUGACCCCGACAGGCAUGCUGCCCAGCGGCGUUCUGUCCGGCGGCAAAGAAAAGCUCCAGAACGAAACCGCAGCUACUAUUGAAGCCAUUGAGGCUGACGAAGCCAUCAAAGGCUUCUCGCCUCAGCACAAGAUCACCAGCUUCGAGGAAGCCAAGGGUUUGGACCGCAUCAACGAGAGGAUGCCACCACGGCGAGACGCCCUGCCCUCCGACGCCAGCCUGAACUCACUGAACAAGGCUCUGUCCUCAGAGACCAACGGCACAGACGCCAAGGGGAGCACCAGCGGCGGCGGCGGCGGCGGCAGCAUUCAGUGAAGGCUGGAAGAGGCCGGCGCCACUUCGUCCAGGGCCCCCCCAGCCACCGCAGGAAGAAAAAAAAAGGGAGGGGGGGUUAUGACUGAAAUGUGUGUGUGUGUGGGGGGGCAUCUUACUUGCUCGUCUUUGAAAUGCCAUCGUAACUUUAGCUCAUCGUCAAAUCACGUUAACGCCGGAUUACUUUUCCGGAGGGAGGAGCCAAAACCGGCUCUCAUCCGCACCGGUUUUUUCAGGAAAAACGCAGACCUGGGAGGGGGUGGGGGGGGAGGGGGUCGGCCGUCCGCUUUAGUUUAGGUUAUCCUCGAAGACCCAUCGUUCAUUCACACCGGAAGUAACUUCUUACUAAAAAGACGUACGUUUACAGAAAAAAAACAGCACUAAAAUGGACGGAACAUGAGCUCACGUUUUUAACGUAUAAGGGUGUACAAACUACAUAAGGACUAUUUAUUGAUUUUAUGUUUUUGGGUUUGUUUGUUUUUUUGGUUUUUUUUGCUACUCUUACGAAAUAGCUGAUAAAUGAAUUAGGCAGUCUUAAUAAGAAUGUUGCAAUGUUGUGGAAAUGCCAAAUAACUGAACGUUUUAUGGUUUUGUACAUAUUACGCUUACCUCAGGUUCUUUUGGUGUGUGCUUUGACCUGAUUUUUUUCUGUACAAUGGCUAAAUGAUAAUGAAUACCUAUUUUUCAUGAGUUUCAUAACUGGAAUUUACACUUCCCUAUCUAUCAUUUGCAAAUAUUUGUUUUUUUUUUCUUUUAAAAAGGGGCGGGGCGGGUAGAUUUAUUGUGGCUUGCUGGAACUGAGUGUUAGUUUUUAUUUUUUUCCUCUUUUUAAGUAUUGCGAACAAAGUACAAAAAAGAUAAAAACAGAGAACCUAUAUUGUGUACGGAAAAAAACAAACAAAAAAAAAGUACAAUAAAGUGUCUGCCUAUGCAUGUUUUAUAAAAAUCAACCAACGGAAACGGAAGGCGGGAAUCCGUGUGCCGUGGAGGGCCUGUUUUUUGAGAUAUAUUGCGCUUUAGUGAACAUAUACUGGAAAACGUAUACCUGCAUACUUUCAAUUAACACCAUGAAGCUCUAUGCCUUGAACUCCUUUUUUUAUUUUGUAGUUAAAGCGUUUGAUGAUCCGAGAUGGACGAGAAACGAUAUUUUUAACUCGCGCUUGUAAGUGCACACAGUCCAAUUACGCAUGUUUGACAAUUCUUGUGAGGUGUGUGGUUACAUGUGGAAACUCUCCCAAACUGCAUGAUUAGCUGUUGGUGUCAUAUUACAGGUGAAACGGUUUGGUUUUUUUGUAAAUGUGCCACAGAAAAAUGUGUCAUUUGAUUCCUAUUACCCUAUUAUUUGGAACUCUGCUUUGUAUAUCAGUUACAGGUUUGAUACUGUUCAAUACUUUAAGAUGAAAACAGGGGAAAGUAAAAAAAAAAAAAAAGAUCUUUUUUUUUUUUAAAAAGGAGGAGAAAAAAACAGCUUUAAGUGCCCAAGUAAUUCACUACACGACAUGAAGCCUUGCUUUUUGUAAUUUAACUUCAGAACUCGUUGGCAGAUGAGGCAUGCACUUGCAACUAUGGGAAGUAUUUUAUAUAACUGUUCAAUAAAAACGUGCAUGAAUUUCAACCUGA